AGAAAAUCCUCCUAUGCAAAAAGAAGGAAAUAAAGGUAUAGCUUAUGACUUUUAAUGGAAGAGGAAACAAAUAGAUUACCAGAGAUGUUUGUAGAAUUUUUUUUUUCUACCUCUCUAGGAGAGGGCUUGAGGGUUGCCACUGAACAAAAAUGAAUUGUGAUUUGUGGUGGGAAAGUUUAUUAGUAAUGGAGGUUUACAGUUUCGGUUGAACGGUCUGACUGAGACCCUCUGACUGUUACAGACCUCUCAUUAACUCCCGGCCUCAACUCCCAGACCGCAUACCACUGGGCAGAAGCGGUUCAUUAAUAAAUCCCUGUCUCCAAGCCGUUCCAAACAGGAGAGGAGGGAGGGAAGGUGUGGGCCUCGCGGAGGCGGCCAGAUUCUGCCUGGCCAGAGCGCUGUGUCAUUAGCGCAGCCCUCUAAGCCUGCCCCCAGAUAGAGCCACAGGCAAGACUUCACAACACGCUAGAGAAGAGCAUUUCAGGCGCAGAAAGGGCUGGUGGCAAGGAUGUCUGGACAAACUCUCCCAUCUUCCUGCUGGGUUCAAAAGCCAGGCAUAAAGGUUGAUGGCUCAGAUAGGCCUGCCUGCCCCUCUCUAGGGAAAGCGCUUAACUGGUUUUCUCUGCGUGCCGUUGUCCUCCUGGGUUUUCGCCGGAGCCCCACGCCCACCCGCCUCUGAGUCCUGGAAAAAAAGGGUGGCUACCUCCGCCCCCCAGCACCCCGGAAAAUGGGGAGCAAGGCCCUGCCAGCGCCCAUCCCGCUCCACCCAUCGCUGCAGCUCACCAAUUACUCCUUCCUGCAGGCCGUGAACACCUUCCCCGCCGCGGUGGACCACCUGCAGGGCCUGUACGGUCUCAGCGCCGUGCAGACCAUGCACAUGAACCACUGGACACUGGGGUACCCCAACGUGCACGAGAUCACCCGCUCCACCAUCACCGAGAUGGCGGCGGCGCAGGGCCUCGUGGACGCGCGCUUCCCCUUCCCGGCUCUGCCCUUUACCACCCACCUCUUCCACCCCAAGCAGGGAGCCAUUGCCCACGUCCUCCCAGCCCUGCACAAGGACCGGCCCCGUUUUGACUUUGCCAACUUGGCCGUGGCCGCUACGCAAGAGGAUCCCCCUAAGAUAGGAGACCUGACCAAGCUGAGCCCGGGGCUGGGUAGCCCCAUCUCGGGCCUCAGUAAAUUGACUCCGGACAGAAAGCCCUCCCGAGGGAGGUUGCCCUCCAAAACGAAAAAAGAGUUUAUCUGCAAGUUUUGCGGCAGACACUUUACCAAAUCCUACAACUUGCUCAUCCACGAGAGGACCCACACAGAUGAGAGGCCGUACACGUGUGACAUCUGCCACAAGGCUUUCCGGAGGCAGGAUCAUUUGCGGGAUCACAGGUAUAUCCAUUCCAAAGAAAAACCCUUCAAAUGUCAGGAGUGUGGGAAAGGAUUUUGUCAGUCUAGAACUUUGGCUGUUCACAAAACUUUACAUAUGCAGGAAUCUCCACACAAAUGCCCCACAUGUGGAAGAACCUUUAAUCAGAGAAGUAAUCUGAAAACUCACCUUCUCACCCAUACAGACAUCAAGCCCUACAGCUGCGAGCAGUGCGGCAAAGUGUUCAGGCGAAACUGUGAUCUGCGGCGGCACAGCCUGACUCACACCCCGCGGCAGGACUUCUAGAGAAGCCCCGGAUCUGUCCCGGGCCACCGCCGCCGCUCCCCUCCCCAGACACCUCUCCACGCCUCCCACCCGGGGGGGGGCACCCCCAACCCUUCACUGACCCCCAGCUCUUCCCCGGCUGCAGCCACACCGGCAGCUCCAGGGGAUUAACUCUUCUUCCCAAGGACUGAGAACUGUAGAAAGCCACACAAGUACAUCCUUUCACAAAGAGCAUAUGCUAGUUUCUUGUAGAUAUUCACAGCUCAUUUUAGAGCUCUGUACAUAAUGUCGUGGGUCUCUGUUUCGUUGUUUUGUUUUGUCUGUUUUUGUAUCUUGUUGGAUGCACCUAGGUAUGGAAAAUGGAAACCAAAUUUAUCUUUAAAGACUGUAUUUUCAAAAAUAAAAUGUUUUCUUGUUUGUUUCAA